AUGAAAUACCGUCUACUUACUAACGUAUUACUAGUACUAACCACUUGGAACCUUGCCAGUUCUUUUCCAAUGUGAGUACGGUAGCAAAUGAAGUUCAACAUCAAGAAGUUGAUUAGAACGUGUUUGCUCUGAGACUCGAAAUGAUGAUAGUUGUCAUCGGUCCCUUUCAGAAGUGAUUCGGCGGAACUUGCAAACCAAUCCUACCGUCUUCCCACCAGCAUUUCCCCUAUUCACUAUGACCUCGAGAUCAAAACGUUUCUGCCGGGAUACGGAUGGAAUUCAGACGCCGAGAAGAAUCUGACAUUCUCCGGAACCGUCGUGAUCACCGCAGAUGUCAAUGAUAUAACCGAUCGGAUUGUUCUGAACUCGGAUUCCCUCAAUAUCAGUUCGGCUCAAGUUGUUUCCGUAUGCAUCAAAAUCAAGAGGAACAAAUUCCAAUGCAUUCAUUUGUAGGAGAACUCAAAUGUGAAAGUGUCAUCGGUGGAAGUGAUCAAGGAAUCUCAGUUUGUCAUCUUGCAUUUGUCUGAUAGUAUCGAACCACAAGAGGGAAUCGCUAUUCGUCUGGACUUUGAAGGAAAGUUGCGAAAUGACAAUAAAGGAUAUUAUAUUACAAGAUCCACAAAAACGGAUGGAGAUGCGAUGUAAGCAAAGUGUUUUUCAUACCGGAUAUUUCAUUAGUGCUUGUACAGAUUUAACGUAGUAACCCAGUUCGAGACAACUGACGCCCGCUACAUGAUUCCAUGUUUCGACGAGCCAGAGUUCAAAGCCACGUGGCAAGUGACUCUCAUCUAUCCGAGUAACUCUACUGCUCUGACUAAUACGAUCGAACAAGAGACGACGCAACUGUCGGACGAGUGGGUCAUGACGGAAUACAAAAAGACGGUCAAGAUGUCAUCGUACCUACUGGCCGUGUUUAUUGGUGACGUUGCGUACAAAGAGGCCAUAACUGACAAAGGACUUCGGGUUAGAACAGAUAUGGUGCAUCGGCUAUGAAAAACACGAGAACGUUUCUAGAUUCGAGUAUACACGAGUCCGAACAAAGUGAAUCAGAUCGAUCACGCAUUGGAAGUGAGCAAAAUCACUGUGGAGGGAUUUGAAAAACAGUUUGGGAUCGACUUUCCGAUGGAGAAAAUCGACUUUGUCUCGGCACAACAGUUCGCAGCAGGAGCCAUGGAAAACUGGGGAUUGAUCGUACACAAGUCAGUUUUACCUGAAUUGAACACCUUGGGACAAUACGUGUUUUCAGAAAUCCUUAUCUGGUUGGAAAUAAUUCUCAAAUCACAACGACGGUGAUCCACGAGCUCGCUCAUCAGUGGUUCGGUAACUUGGUGACAAUGGAGUUCUGGGAUCAGGUGUGGCUGAACGAAGCAUUUGCGACGUACAUGACUGCCUGGGGUUUCACCUACUUGUUCCCUGGCUUUGAUCGAAAUUUCGUGAGUGUAACGGUUUGAAACCAAGCAGAUAAUUCAAAUGUUUCAGUGGAUAACUAAUUCUCAACAGAAACGUGCAUUUUACGUGGACAACACCGUCGCACUGACCGAUUUGAGCCGUGCUUCCAAUGGAGUCAUCGAGAUUUUAUCAAUCAACUACACCAAGGGAAGCUCUUUCGUUCGGAUGAUCGAAGAGCUCAUAGGUGUCGACGCAUUCAACAAGGCAAUCCGCUAUUAUUUGAGAAAGAACAAGUACGACAAUGCCGACGCAUCCGACCUUUUCGCCGCUUUCCAAACAUUCAUGCCGUUCAAUCUAACUGGUCCCGACGGAAAACCGCUGCAGUUGGAAGAGUUUGCAGAGUGCUGGACUCUUCAAAACGGACAUCCGACCAUUUACGUGGAGCAAAUCGACGACGGAAAAGUUGUAUUGACUCAAAAGAUGAAUGUGGAAAUUGCGAGAGGAUUCGAGGACCGCAACACGUGCGGAUAUAAAUGGGACGUUCCAAUUUGGUAUCAAGAAGGUGGAAGUGAUGAAGUGAAGCUGACCUGGUUGGCAAGGAACGAGCACAGCAUUGAACUGGACGCUGCUUUUCCUGUGAUCAUAAAUGCAGACUCAAAUGGUUUCUAUCAAGUCGUUUAUGACAAAACGUUGUACGGACAGAUUGCCGAUCAGUUGACAGCGUGCAAUAAGGUACUUUCUAGUUAUCGUGUUCAAAGGCAAUCUUUUUCACAAUUCCGACAGAACUACUCGGACAGCACCAAAUUCCGUCUCCUCCAUGAUUCGGGACACUUUGCCGGACAAAGAAAAGUUGAAUUUGGUAGCUACAUCGAUAUUGCGAGAGCAUUGAUCAACGACACGAACCCGAUCAUUCGUCAAGAGGCAAUUGUCAGCCUCUGGAACUUCUAUGAUUGGUUAUCCAGUCAAGUUGAAGUGGAUAAGAAAGGUGUUGAUCUGGCAAAGGUUUGAAUUCGUCUCAAAACGCCGAAUUACUGAAUGCAGAAUUUCUAGGACGCCAUUCCGGAGCAAGAUGAAACUAGAGGAUUUUUCGAUGAUUGUGGCCCCAAUGAUGAUUUCUUCAAGUGCUUCGAAAUCAAAGGAAUCGAAAACAACAUAAUGUAUACUUGCAACGUCCUGAAAACGGACAAGCAUCUUCCGGAAGUUCGUAUCCUCGAGUGGCUGAAACAAGAAAAAGACACAGACAUCAGAUUGCCCUUAAUCCAAUUUUUAGGAUGUGCGAACGUGGAAACUCUGAAAAGGUACAUUUAGUUACUGUCAUUGAAAAUCAUAAAGUAUUCAGCAUUCGUGGCGAUCAAACAUACAAUUGGACCGAUGAAGACACAAAAACCUAUGAGCAGUUCACGAAUCCAGAAAGCCAAGCAACAAUGAACGGAAAUCUGCGGUCUCAAGAAAAGGAUUCCGUCAUUCGUUUUUCUCGACUAACAUUGUUUAACUCUUUCCUCAUUUCUUCAUCUAAUCCUUCCGGUGCUCAAAUCUGAGGGUUCCAUUCAUUAUCGGUUAUUGUAGUCAUUUCACUAAAAAUGAAUUACUUCUAUAACAUAUCUCAAUCCUCCUUACUAAUAAUAACUCUUCCAAAAAUGCAUUCUCCUAGUCGGAGAGGCAAAGAUCGCUCUCCUCUUUUUCGUAUGAAUGUGAAAUUCUCGUGUGCCUCAGCCGGGGGCCAUUCCAUAAAAAAAUGAUUGUGGGGUGGUGUCGAAAAGCGCUUUCCCUCCCUGAAAUUCGUGUUUUCCGCCGACCAGAAACAGCCCCUAAUCCUCUUAUUUUUUCGUUGACCGUACGGCACCACUUCAUGCCGAGUUUCCACUGUUUUUUGCUAAACUCCUUCACGUCGUUUUCUUUUUCUUUGCGUCUCUUCCUCUAUCGUCACGUUCUCUCCCUUAUCAUUUCUAUUAUUACUUGUUCGGACGUGUCCUCCAUGCUUCCUCUCGUUCCGACUACGGCUCAUUCUCACAGGUCUCUGAUCAUUCGUACUCUUGUACUUUUUAUGAUCUCCGCAACACGUUUACUCCUUUAGAUGGGACAUCCCCCGCCAAAAGACGAGAAGAAACGGUGUGAGGUGAGAGCAAUCGCCCUGCCGACGUUCUGCACUUUGCUCGGAAUCGUUAUCACUGCGUUCAUCACAUGGCACAUUGCCAGGUCCAUUUAUGCCCCCAAAAACAAGUGAGUUACGCCUAGUGAUAAAGAAAAAGGGAAGAAAGAUUCAGAUAUGAUGCUCCAGAAGCGAAGCACGUCGAAACGGGACCAUCGGCCGCCGAUCUUCGGUUGCCCACUUCAGUUGAACCCAUCAGUUACGAGUUGGCCAUCAAAACCUAUCUGCCAGGGUUCGAAUACAAAGCGGCCGACAAUAAAAGUUUGACAUUCGAAGGACAAGUGAGUUAGAACAACAUCUACAGUAAUCCUGUGGUGUUUGCCAACGCUUACGGCCGCCAAUCCUUUGUUUUGCAGGUGACCAUCGAACUGAACAUUACACAAUCCAUCAGGAAAAUAACGCUAAACUCUGUCGAUUUAACAUACAAUGACACGAUCUGCACGCUUAACGUUGAUGGCAAAGAGAUUCCGAUCCGAGUGGAGCCGCAUCCGGACUUUGAGAAGGUCUUCUUCCACCUGAAUUCCGCCGUGGGACCAACCUCAAAUGCCACGUUGAAGGUGACGAGUUUUCACCCUUCAUAUCCUUCUAGCUCCUCGUUUUCAGAUCGGUUACAGUGGACGUCUUCGUACUGACAUGACUGGUCUCUAUCAGACAACCUAUACGAACAGCAAGGGAGAGAAGAAGAUGGCGGCAGUGACCCAGAUGGAGCCGAUCUACGCCCGACGCAUGGUCCCUUGCUUCGAUGAGCCCGCUUUCAAAGCCACGUGGAAAGUGACUGUGAUCCAUCCGAAAGGAACGAAGGCAGUGGCCAACGGAAUCGAGGAGGAGCCCACGCAGAUUCAGGACGACUUCAUCAGCUCGAGUUUCAAGACGACGCCGAGAAUGUCGUCGUACCUGCUGGCCAUCUUCAUUUCCGAGUUUGAGUAUAACGAAGCAAUGACCAAAUCGGGAGUCAGAGUGAGUGAUAGACACGAAAAACGAACAUUUCCCUCGUUUUUUUUCAGUUCCGUGUUUGGUCGAGGCCUGAAGAGAAGAACUCGACGUUGUACGCAGUGACCGCUGGAGUGAAAUGUCUCGAAUUCUACGAAAAGUACUACAACGUCUCGUUCCCGCUUGAGAAGCAGGACAUGGUCGCAUUGCCAGACUUCUCGGCAGGAGCCAUGGAGAACUGGGGUCUCAUCACUUAUCGGUGAGCUCUCUUUGAGGUGAUUAAACUAUCCGAUAUCGCUUCAGUGAGAACUCUCUGCUCUACGAUCCGCGAAUCUAUCCGGGAGGUCAGAAACGUCGUGUCGCCGUCGUCAUUGCGCACGAAUUGGCUCAUCAAUGGUUCGGAAACCUGGUCACCUUGAAGUGGUGGAAUGAUUUGUGGCUGAACGAGGGAUUUGCUACACUCGUAGAGUACCUCGGAACGGACGAGAUCAGCGACAAGAACUUCAAAAUGGAGGAGUGGUUCAGAAUGGAUGCCCUCUGGAUCGCCCUUGACGCCGACUCAGUUGCCUCCUCUCAUCCGAUGACGUUCCAAAUUGACAAGGCCAUCGAAGUAAUGGACUCGUUCGACAGUGUCACUUACGACAAGGGAGGAUCCGUGCUCGCAAUGAUUCGGAAGACCAUCGGAGAGCAAGUGUUCAACGAGGGAAUCAAUCACUACCUUCGUCUUCAUCAGUACGAAAACGCGCAAGCUUCUGACUUGUUCUCGGCUCUCGCGGAAAAGAUGCCGGACAGUGUGCUCGGACCGGACGGAAAGAAGCUGAAUGUCACUGCGUUCGCGGAUCCGUGGACGAAGCAGAUGGGGUAUCCACUUCUGAAGGCAACUCGACUGAAUGACACUGCAAUUCAAGUGGAACAGGAGAGAUUCAAGGUGCUGAAAUCGGCGAAGGAAGAGGAAAAGUACAGUCACCCGAAGUGGGGGUGAGUGAAUUCAUUUCAAUGCGAAUUGAGACCGGGUUACUUUCAGAUUCAAAUGGGACGUUCCCGUUUGGUACCAAGUCGUAGGAUCGAAGAACAUCACAAUGAAAUGGAUGCAGAUGAACGAGCCGCUGAUAAUCCAUUCGGACAAGCCGAUCAUUUUGAACGCGGAGUCGCACGGAUUUUACAGAGCCGGCUACACGGAUGACAUGUGGAAUGAGAUCAUCGACCUAGUCCUGGAAGACCACACCCAGUUCUCGCCGCUCACUCGAAUUCGUCUCAUCGACGACGCGUUCGCCGAGGCUAUCGCCGGAGUGCUCAACUACAGUAUCCCAUUAAGACUGAUAACUUACUUGACGAAGGAGAGCGAUUAUAUUCCGUGGGCGGCCACUCGGACCAAGUUCGGCGUGCUGGUGGAUAUGUACGGAACGGACCCGGAAAAGGAUAUUGUGCAAGACUUCCUUAUGUCUCUGGGAGCAAAAACACCGGCGAAGAGGAGCAUUGAAUUUGUCUCGAAGAACUAUUUGGACGACACUAAAUUCUUUGAAGUGUAAGUGAAACGAAUACUGUUGAAGGGCGAUCGAAGCUGUGUUUUCAGCCUCGGAGCUCAAGGAAUCAUCGCGAAUGACUGUGAGAUGGGAGACAGUCAGUGCAGUACCAACAUGGCGAAAAUGUUCAACGAAGAAGUAAUUGGAAAGUGCGAUAAGGAUAGAAUACUCUCAGAGUGCUCCCAGUUAGUGUUUCAAGAUUUUCAAGAGUUCCCAUCGUUCUUCUUUUCAGAAUCUCAGCUCCGUUCCGCGCCGACGCCUAUUGUCAAGCUGUGAGAAAUGGAGAUGAGCAGAUAUUCGAUAAGGUGUUCCACUGGUACAAAAACGAGCGAAACCAGGUCGAGAAGGGGAAUCUGAUGGGUGCGUUGGCGUGCUCCAAAGACAUAUUGACGCUGAAAAAGUGAGAAAAGGGAUAAGUGUGAUCUGCAUUGAAUACUGGAUGCUUUAAGAUUGUUGCUAGAUGCGAUGAACCCGAAUAACUCGUCGUUCCGUCUUCAAGAUUGCGGUUCUCUGUUCCAGAAAGUCUGUGGAAAUGACGCCGCCGCUGAUUCGAUGCUCAGUUUCAUGAUUGACAGAUGGGCCGAUCUCAAGGAAAGGUGAGCUUCGUCCCGCCACACUUUUCCUCCUAUUCCAACCCGUUCUUGCAGACUCGGCAAGGAUCGCAGCGGGUUCCAUCGCAUCCUGAUGUCCAUCGUCGGCACAAUCAAGAACCAGCAGGGACUGGACCAACUGAGAGAGUUCCAGCAAUCGGAUGGGUACUUGAACACGAAGAAGGCGGACGAGGACUACGGUUUCCGAAAGAUGGAGGAGUCCGCGGAGGUGACCAUCGCUUGGCGGCAGAUCAAUCUGAAGUUCGUCACCCAGAAGGCCGCGGAGCUCGCAAAGAAAAUCUGA